CUCCAAUUUCGAGUGAAGCCUUUCCCUUGGAGUAAUGGUGUACUUAAAAGGAAAAAUCCACUUCACCAUCAACAUCAUCACCUUGUUAUUUACAAAGAAGUCCAAGAACCCGUUGUGGUUCCUCCUCCGCCCAUCGCCACCGCCGUUCUUGAGUACCAACUUCACCACCGCCACCAUCUUUCUCCUCCAACUCUGCCUCUACCGCUGUCGUUGCCACCGCGUGAUGGGGACCACAGUAGUCCGAAUUCUCCAUCUCCACUGCCGAUUUCUUAUGCUUAUUCUAACGGGAGAAAGCGUUUUAGGACGAAAUUCACUCCAGAUCAGAAGGUGAAAAUGCUGGAAUUUUCAGAAAGUGUUAGGUGGAGAAUGCAAGAUCUGGUGAACAAUUUCUGCUAGGAAAUUGGAAUUGAAAGGGGGAGGGGGUUGGGGGGUGUUUAUAAUAUAUAUAUAUAUAUAUAUAGUAUUUUAGAAAAAAUAAUUUAUUUAUGUGGCUUCUGACAUGGCUCCAACAUGGCGUGAAUGUGAUGCACUCUCCAUAUUGAGAAUGGUAUAAUUUUUUAGGGUGGUAAAAAACUUAUAUAAAAGUUAUUCGGGGGUAAAUACAGGGGCGGAUCUACAGGGAUUCACGGGUGGCAUGACACCCGCAAACUUCGAUCGAAAAUUUGUGUGUAUAUAUAUAUAUAUAUAUAUUGAAUAAAAUUGGUAUAUUAUUUAAGUGUCACCCAAUGCAGUGGUUGAGGAAGUAGUGUCAAUGGCAAACACGUUGAAAUUUCACGUAGUA